AUGAAAACUACUUUCAAUGAAAGGGAUAUCGAAACUUUUCUGGAAACUAAACUGCGAAAAUUAGCUACCAAAGAGCAAAAGAAAAAGCUCAAAGGCAAGCGAGCCGAUUAUAUUCUUUAUCAAACGGGAACUACUAAUCCUUUGGUUAUUAUUGAAGUCAAAGGGCCGAGCGAAAAUAUUCAUCAAGCUCUAGAACAAGGAAUUAAUUAUGCACGGGAUAUCGGAGCUCCACUAGUUAUUGCUACUAAUGGAGAAUUCACCAAAACUUAUCACACCAACUUUUGUAAAACUUUAACUCGUAAUGGGGAAGAAGUAAAGGACCUUUUUACUGAGCAAGAGGCCUUGCAAUUCAAUGAGCGGCCCCGCUUGAUUACUCAAGAAAAUAAAGGAGAGGAGCGGUUUAGUGAAUUUGCCAAUAUUCUUUUCUUGAAAAUAAUUAGCGAAAUUGAAGCUGAAAAACAGAAAUCGGCAGGAGAAUUGUUUUCACACAGCAAAAUCAAAAAUAUUAAAAGUCUUGAAAGAAUAAUUAGUCAACUUAAUCCCUUGUGUUUGGCCGAGACGGAGCGAGAUAUCAAGGGAGAAGCCUUUGAAUACUUUUUGCAGCGAUAUAAUGCCGGAGGAAAGGACUUGGUGGCACGAGCUACGAAAAUGAAUUUCAUUUUGUUUGGUGAUGGCCAUAACAAUAUUCAACAAAGAGAUUCUUUUCAAUAUCCCGUUGAGGACAAAUAUGAAUUAGUAAUAACAAAUAUUCCUUUUGGCUUUGACCAAAUUGAUUAUGGUUCUUUGUAUCCAAUAAAUUGCGAAUAUGGUGAUUGUUUGGCUCUGCAACAUUGUUUAAAAGCCUGUAAAUCUAAAGGGAGGGUAGCGAUGAUUAUGCCCGAAGGGUUUUUUAAUCAAAGAAGCAAAAAAGGAUAUCGAGAAACUAAAAAAUGGCUAAUAAAGAAUUAUUCCAUUCAAGCCAUUAUUUCUUUACCGAAAGGAAUAUUCCUUCCUUAUACUGGAAGUAAAAGUUCGAUUAUUAUUAUCGAGAAUAGCAAAAGAACGAGAGAUUACUUCUACUAUUACCAAAUAAAGAACGAUGGUUUUACUUUAAACAAUCAUCGGGAUAGAAUUGAGGGAAUUUAUUAUCGCGAUAUUGAGAACGAUAAAUAUAACCUUCUAGUUGUACCGCCCAAUUUUUCUUUAUUAAAAAAAACCAGCAAGAGUUAUCUUCUUUUAUCGGAGAUUGCUGAACUUAAACGGGGUUGUUAUGAAUUAAAAAGGGAAGAGUUUGCGAACAGCGGCUAUGCCAAAGUUUACCAGCCUAGUCAUGCCAUUAGUGGCGAUUUUUCUUCAGGAAAUCGCUAUAUUAGUGAAGAGAGAUAUCAACAAUUGAAAAAAUACGAAUUGCAAGUUAAUGAUAUUAUCAUGAGUGUUUCGGGAACAUGGGGAAAAAAGCAAAGGGGGGAAAUAUUACCGCAAUAUUUAUUAGCUGUUCUACAAUCACCAAAUUUAAAGAAGUUUUUCCUAGAUAAUAGUCUAGCAAAAGAUGUUAUGGAAAAUUUACGAAUAGAUCAUUUAAAAGAAAUUCCCGUGCCUAUUAUCUCUCUAACCGAGCAAGAAAAAGUGGUGCAAGAUUUAGAAAAAAUUAAAGAAAGCAUUAGGAAUACACAAAAAACUAUUGACAAUCUUGCCAUCGCUACUUUUGAAUAUGGAUACACUAUUUCUGCCAGCAAGCAAGGAGAGUUUAGGCUCAUUAGAAUUACAGAUAUAGACGAGUAUGGAAACAUUUCAGACCGGGAUAAAAAAUAUGUUGAUUUAACAAAUGAAUCCGAUAAAAAGAAAUAUUUGUUAAAAGAAAAUGAUAUCCUUAUGGCUCGGAUAGAAUUAAUUUUAACUCCCAAGAGAUAUUGCCCAAAUAUUACUGAUAUUUCACUAAAACUUCCGAAUAUUGAAAACAA